AUGUUUUUUUCUUCUUCCGUUCCUUCUUUCUGUGUAUUUUCUUACACUAUAUUGCAUAUAUCUGAGCAUAUCUACUUCCUUUCCACAACAUAUAUUGUUACACUCUUUCUUUCUUUCUUUCUUUCUUUCUUUCUUUCUUUCUUUCUUUCUUUCUUUCUUUCUUUCUUUCUUAAUUUGCUCCUAUCUAUCUAUUUAUCAGCUUACUUCUUUGGUAUCUUUCUUUUAAAGGCUAUUGCCAUUUUCUAUCUAUCUAUCUAUCUAUCUAUCUAUCUAUCUAUCUAUCUAUCUAUCUAUCUAUUUCUUUUUAAGCUUAUUUUCACUUUUCUAUCGAUUUAUCUAUCAAUCUAUCUGCCUGUCUCUCUGUGUCUUUCUUUGCUUUUUAAUCUUAUUUUCACUUUUCUAUCUAUCUAUCUAUCUAUAUGUUGCUAUUGUCGUUUUUCUAUCUAUCUAUCUAUCUAUCUAUCUAUCUAUCUAUCUAUCUGUCUGUUUGCCUGUCUGUUUUCUUUCUCUUUCUUUUGUUACUUUAUAAGCUUAUUAUCACUUAUCUAUCUAUCUAUUUGUCUGUCUGUCUGCUUUCUCUUUCUUUGUUUCUUUUUAAGCUUAUUUUCACUUUUCUAUCUAUUUAUGUAUCAAUCAAUCUAUCUAUCUGCCUGUCUCUUUAGGUCUUUCUUUCUUUUUAAGUCUAUUUUCACUUUUCUAUCUAUCUAUCUAUCUAUCUAUCUAUCUAUCUAUAUGUCGGUCUAUCAACUUACAUCUUUGGCUUCUUUCUUUCUUUCUUUUAAAAGCUAUUGUCGUUUUUCUAUCUAUCUCUCCAUCUAUCUAUCUAUCUAUCUGUUUGCCUGUCUGUUUUCUUUCUCUUUCUUUUGUUUCUUUAUAAGCUUAUUUUCACUUAUCUAUCUAUCUAUCUAUCUAUCUAUCUAUCUAUCUAUCUAUCUAUCUACCUAUCUAUCUAUCUGGCCCUUUCUUCCUUUAUUUAUUCCUUUCUUUUAA